UCAUUGUCCGUACUCCCGACCCACCGUACCCCUUCUGAUAGCUCGAAAAAACAGGGAAAUCUCAAAGGAGAAGAGGCCACUCGUUUCAUCACGACCGACAGUGAAAGUGUUAAUAGAAUGCAAGUGGCUCCAAUGAGCGCGAAUGAUCCCUCUCAGCCACUGAGAAUCCUUAGCUUUGGACCAGGCUGCUACUCUCAACUGAUCACCUUGCACGAAAUAACGAGCCGAUGGAGCUUUGGCCUCAAAAUCGAAAGCGACGAUGUCCGCCCAGCAGACUAUUUCGACCAAUGGGUGGCGUCGGAUUCAAGGCCCCGGGGCGACACGCGUAGCAACGGAAUCCAUUAUCAUGCAUCUCGCUUUGAAGCUACAAAAUUGGCCAGGAAGGCCUGUGGUGAUAUAGGUUAUUGGGUCGCGUUUGCUUUGUCAGAAUGCGGUA